UGGUGUAAUUGUUGUAGAAUUAUUGCUUUUUCCCGUUGCACAAAUUUUUUUUCUUGUAAAAUUACUGCAGGUAUUUGCUGUUGUUUUUUUGUUUACUUUUUAAAUAAUAUUUUUAGAAUGUGCCGUGGACUAAUAAAAAAAAGAGCAGCAAUGGGGCCGCACUUUGAACACCCCAACAGCUGGAGUUCAUUAUUCUUAAAGAGUAAUAAUUCCGUCGGAAAUUCAGGAACGUUUUACCUCAUUUCUUACAUCAGAAUCCUUGUUAACGGCUUUGCCGUUUUCUGGAAGGUGGCUUUCUUUAGACGCGCUUUCCACUGGCUUGACGUUAUUAGCGGGCAUUUGCCACAGGUGCGACGGGCGAGGUCCUAAUCUGUGACAUCGCCGCGGUCCGCGGCACAUCCAGGAUUUGCAAGAGUGUAAGAUUAGGGCUCGCUACGUCGUCAUAAAUCUCUGCGUCUCAAUCCAGCCGUGGGGCGGCGGGUGGGCAGUCGCUUUGCUGUCGUCUGUGACUUCAAAAGUGGACAUUCAGCUUAGUUUCUUUGUUGCUUCGGGUUCAGAGUUGGCAUUUUUCCAGACCGCUAUAUUUUUCUAAAUUUUUUGGAGAUUCGAUUUUUAAUUUUAAUUCAUUUUAAUUAAUUUUUAUUAAUUUAAUUUAAAUUAAUUUUCAAGUAAAUUCAUUAGUAUCUGUUUUUUUGUGGUGAUGAAUUAUUGCAUAGCCGACAUGUACGAGAUGUCUCACGCCGUGGUCGGAGAUUACGGCAUUCAGGCUGGCGGAGAACACUGUCUGUAUCAAGGUGAAGGACUCGGGUACGGGCACUGUGAACCCCAACCGUUGCACCAUCCGCCGUGCGGGGAUCAGUCUUGGCCGUCGGGUCAGCACUACGCUUGUUUGCACGGCGGCGCCCCUUCUGCUUUCAAGGGGGACUUCUGCAGCAUGGAGGUUCCGCUAAAUCCUUUCCAUUUUCACCCGGAAUAUUUUCCGGACAUGAAAUCCGACCUCUCGCACCUACAAUGGAUAGAAGGAUCCCACAAGAAAGGGUACAUACCAAGUUACCUGGACAAAGACGAGCUAUGUGUGGUGUGUGGGGACAGAGCUACCGGCUACCAUUAUCGCUGUAUAACCUGUGAAGGCUGUAAGGGAUUCUUUAGGCGGACAAUUCAGAAAAACCUCAACCCAACCUACGCUUGUAAGUACGAGGGGAAAUGUGCCAUCGACAAAGUGACCAGAAACCAGUGCCAGGAGUGUCGCUUCAAGAAGUGUAUAUCGGUGGGAAUGGCGACAGACUUGGUGUUGGAUGAGGGCAAGAGGCUCGCCAAGCGGAAACUCAUUGAGGAGAACCGCGAGCGCCGUCGCAAGGAAGAACUCCAGAAAACCGUGUGGGAUCGACUGGAUCCCACGCAGGAAGAGUGGGACCUGAUCCACAUGGUCACCGAGGCCCAUAUGGCCACAAACGCCCAGGGAAACCACUGGAAGCAGAAGCGGAAAUUCUUGGUCGAGGAAACAAUGCUUCUUAAUGAAAUAACAUGUAAUUUAUUCUAUACUUCUGACCAGAGUGCAGCAGGGGUGAAGGAAACUAAGCCUACCAAUAUUGGUCACUCAUCGACGGUGAAUAGCUCUGAAGGAAACAAAGUGGACUUAGAGGCUUUCAGCCAGUUUACAAAAAUUAUCACCCCUGCCAUAACCAGAGUGGUGGACUUUGCCAAAAAACUACCUAUGUUUUGUGAGCUGCCAUGUGAAGACCAGAUCAUCCUGCUGAAAGGCUGCUGCAUGGAGAUCAUGUCCCUGCGAGCCGCUGUUCGCUACGAUCCGGAGAGCGAGACCCUCACCUUAAACGGAGAGAUGGCGGUCACGCGAGGUCAGCUUAAGAACGGAGGCCUGGGCGUCGUGUCGGAUGCGAUUUUCGACCUCGGCGUAUCCCUGUCGUCUUUUAACUUGGAUGAUUCCGAGGUGGCUCUUCUACAGGCGGUCAUUCUGCUUUCAUCUGAUCGACCGGGUUUGAGUAGCGUGGUGCAAAUCGAGCGAUGCCAAGAGGAGUUCCUGUUGGCGUUUGAACAUUACAUCAACUACCGCAAACACAAGCUAGCUCACUUCUGGCCCAAGCUGCUCAUGAAGGUGACUGACCUGCGAAUGAUCGGCGCCUGCCAUGCCAGCCGAUUCCUUCACAUGAAAGUCGAGUGUCCGACCGAGUUAUUCCCACCGCUCUUCCUGGAGGUCUUUGAGGACUGACCGGGUGGAUUUUAAAUGACAUUUUUUUUUUGCGUGUGCAUGUACUGUAUGUGUGUGUGUGUGUGUGCCUCCGUCACCACGUGGACACCCAAACGCGGGUCUUUUCGACGCCACCCUUCGGAUAAGCGCGACCGAAUGUCACAGCAUUCCGUAGCUUACCAGUAUUCUGUGGUUUCAGUUUUUUUUCACUUUUACUUUGUUGUUGUUGUGAUCUCACCCUGACGUCUCCGAUCUCGCCGAUUGGUGGAAAUGCAUUGCUGAUUGGACAUUACGGGAAAAACGGUCAUACGGUGAUACCUCAGUUUUCGUUCAACAGGUACUGCCAAAAAAAACAGAUCUCUCAAAAGUGAGUACACGCUCCUCACAUUUUAGCAACCAUUUCUUUACAUCUUUGUCACCCAGGAGGAAGUAAACGUAGAUAUUCCUUAGACCAUGACGCUACCACCGCCACGGGAGAAGAUAUUCGGAAUGUUUCCCCGAUGCCAGCAGCACUCGUGCAGCCCCAGACCAUGACGCUACCACCGUUAAGGGAGAAGAUAUUCGGAAUGUCACAGUACAUAUUGGAAUUCAACUUUACCCGAUGCCAGCAGCACUCGUGCAGCCCCAGACCAUGACGCUACCACCGUUAAGGGAGAAGAUAUUCGGAAUGUCACAGUACAUAUUGGAAUUCAUCUUUCCCCGAUGCCAGCAGCACUCGUGCAGCCUCAGACCGUGACGGUACCACCACCAAGGGAGAAAAUAUUCGGAAUGUCACAGUACAUAUUGGAAUUCAUCUUUCCCCGAUGCCAGCAGCACUCGUGCAGCCCCAGACCGUGACGCUACCACCACCACGGGAGAAGAUAUUCGGAAUGUCACAGUACAUAUUGGAAUUCAUCUUUCUCCGAUGCCAGCAGCACUCGUGCAGCCCCAGACCAUGACGCUACCACCACCAGGGGAGAAUGUCACAUUAGAUGUUGGAAAUAAUUUUUACCGUAAAUUAACCGCACCCUGGAAGCAACAAUGAACCAUACAUGCCGGCUGCACGAGUGACGCCACUACCACAGGACAUGUUGCCCCAAUGCCAGCAGCACUCGUGCAGCCCCAGACCAUGACGCUACCACCCCCAGGGGAGAAGCCCUUUAGAAUGUCGCAUUACAUUUUGGAAAUCAUUUUUACCAUAAAUUAACCGUGUCCUGGAAGCACUCGUGCAGCCCCAGACCAUGACGUUACCACCACCAGGGGAGAGGCCCUUUAGAAUGUCACAUUACAUGUUGGAAAUCAUUUUUAAUUAACUGCGUCCCGGAAGCACUCGUGUAGCCACAGACCGUAAUGCUACCACCGCCAAGAGAGCGGGUCUUCAGAACAUCACCUUAAGUGUUGAAGUACAUCUUUCUAAACAAUGAACCAUGGAUGCCGGCUGCACGAGUGACACCACUACCACAGGACAUAUUGGAAUUCAUCUUGCCCAAAAAUGAACCACAGCUCAUCGGUGCCAGCAACACUUGUGCAGCCACAGAGCCGGAUGCUACCACCGGCAAGGAAAUGUCACAGUACAUGUCGGAAUUCAUCUUUCCCCAAAAAUUGAACCUGCAUCUCCCCAGUGCUGGCAGCACUCGUGCAGCCGCAGACCCUUGACGCAACAACUACCAAGACAUUAGCUCUUCAGAACGUUGGAUUUCAUCUUGCCUGAAAAUGGACCUCAGCUCCAUGGUGUAGGCAGCACUCGUGCAGCUGCAGCCAGUGAUGCUACCACCACCAAAGGGACCAGCAAUUCCGAAUCAGCUCUUCACAUGUCAACUUUCCCCAAAAAAUGAACCUGCAGUUCCCCAGUGCUGACAGCACUCGUGCACCACCAUGCUUGACGGUAAGCAAGACCAUCAACUAAACUACAUCUUGUGCUCCAUUCAGAUUCAAUGCUGUCAUGGAAAUGGUUGCUAAAGUGUAGGAGUUGUGCUAACCUACAACAUUGACACUGUUUAGUAAUAAUACAAAGGUUUUGUCUUUAAAUAUUUUUAAAAAUACACAAAAUGACAAAAGUGGAUGGCUAAACUGCUGUUCAACGAUACCGGGGUCAUGUGACACGGUAGUUUUACAAGGUCAUUCUCGAUUUCAUUCUACAGUCAAUGGCUGUAUGUUGAGGUAUUCAGAGGGGACGCUAAAUGUACACUGUUAUCCAAGCUGUACACCAUCAUUUGUAGUAUUUAAGCCGUACCGGACAAUAAGCCCCACAGGUCCGCAACAUAAAAUGCCAUAUUAUGUAACGUGCACGAGUGCGUGAGGACCAGGUCGCUCUUUAUGUUACAGGAGCCAAUGAUCGAAGAAAAAAAAAUAUGGGUUAAUUCAUCACACAGCAACUUAACACUCAAAAGGAUAACUAAGAAAUAUAGCCUCUGUCCACCAGAGGGAGCCUUCAACAUUUGACAGGGAAGUUACUCGUUAUUCCUAAUAAAUACAGGAUCCAAUGAUAGAAGAAAAAAAAAUGGGUUAAAUCAUCACACAGCAAUUUAA